UUAGUUAUUGUUUUCAAAGCGCUUUUAAUUACUUAACUUUUUGUUAACCGUUGUGUCUUCGCGUCUUCGUACACCCCAAGUAGCCCGCGCGUACGUUAACUCACUCUCUGGGAUCGUAAAUUUUAGGAAGACUUUUAUGAAAGAAUGAUGGUAUACUGAUGAACUAAGUUAUGGGUAAAAAGAAAAAAAGGAAAGCUACGCACCCCAAAAGGAUAGACCCAACCGAAGAACAGAAUAGAGUUCGAGAAGCAGUGUUAAAAGUAUUUAGAGCACGGGUUUCAUCACCAGGAGGUGGUCCUGCAAUUAUGCUUCCAGCUCAGCAACCUGAAAAGUCAAUGAGUGACCUGCAGCUAAUAAGUAUUCCCAAUCGGCAAUCUAGCGAGGAUGAGAUGAUUAUUGUUGAUAAAGUUUGUAUGACAUCGAUUGAAAAAAACGCAACAGCUCAGAAAACAACUUUGCAAAAAGAGAAAAAGAAGAAAUCUAAAGGAGAAAGGAAUAAAGAAAAAGAAAUUAGGAAGCAUACUGAGGUGGACCAUCAAGCAAGAGCUGAAUUCAGAAAACAUGUCAAGCGAGCUGAUGAAAUUGUUUUUAAAUCAAAAUUGGGGAAAACAUGCUCAUCACAAGGUUAUUCAACUAUUACUCAGAGUCGCCUAACGAGAAAACUUGGACUGUAUAAUCAAGGUAAAAAGUCUGAUAGGGUUCUAAGAGAACCAUUGCCUGUAAAUGAGAGAAUUUUGGAACGGACAGAAAAAGAUCUCAGAAAAAUCCUGGAUACUUCAAAUGAGUUAGAUGAUAUCGAACCAGCACCCCACUGGUCUACACCUCGAUCUGCUGCUUGUGACAGUAAUAUGGGAAGCAUGCACUAUAGUUGUCAUAGCAAUAAAAGUCAGCCUAGGAGUGACAGCAGAUCUUCCUGCAUCAGUUCCAUAAAUAAAAGACAGGAGAAUGUGAGUGAAGAUAUGAAAACUCCUACAAUGCCACAGACUCCUGACUUAAAUAAUGUAGCAGAACAGUUGUGCAGCUCAGUUGACUUAUGUAUGUUUCCUGGAAGAGAUUUAUUCUCAGAAAUACAGUUAGAACUAGUGAGAACAUUGCGAAUAAAUUCUAAAACAACACCAAGUAAAUCGACUCCAGCCAUUAGACAGCAAGCGAGAAAUUCUCAGUCUGCCAGAAGAAGUUUACAACCUUUGAUCGCCAGAAGUGCGGAACAACUUCCACUUAACAACACCAGCCAUCCAUCUCUAUCAGUUAGUACUAUAAAUGAUGCAGUGAUGAUGGACAGCAGUGAUAGAGUACAGGCACUCUUUAGGUCUUCUAAACAAACAUUGAAUGUAUCGAAUCACAAUCAAAGGAGACAUAGAAGUCAUAUACCAUGUACAAAAUCAAGACCUGAUGAUGAACCUCCAUUUAAGCUGUUUAUGGAUGAGACAGUACAACAUGGCAGUGGUACCUACAGUGAACAUGGAAUCCACAAGCAGAUUAAGACAUCGAAUAGUUUUUUAAGUGGGACAAUACUUGACUUUGCCGAGAACAGUCAUUUCCAGGAUAAGUUAGCGACAGAUUUUAGUCUUAAUGCAAUGGACAUGACCAGGAAAUUUGAAAAGGCAAUAAUGACAUCACAGGAACCAAUGACUACUCACAUGCCAUACAGUAGCAGUUUAGAUUUUCUUGAUGAAAUGGACAGAGGUCCCUUGCAUAAUAGUACCAUACCUAUUCCUCGCUUUGAUCACCAGAGUCGUUCAGAGGCCACGAAGAGUGUAUUUUCCGAGGAUAAUUUCAGUUGUCCUAAUCAAGAUCCCAGCAGUCCCCAUACCUUACCUCAUUUCACUACCCACACUGAAGAUCUAUUUUAUGAGCCUCGCAUAAUGCCAGAGAUGAUGUCACCUAUUAAUGACAACAUCCAUUACUAUCCUGAGAUAAAACAAGCUCGCUGUCAUAAGAGAAGGUGCCGACAUGCUAGUGAUAGUGAUGAGUCCCCGGUGCUGUGCUACAAGUGCUUAAACCCCAUUACAGUCUCAAGCAUGGGUAAAAGCUACUCGCCUAAGUUUCAUCCCCAAAGAAUGUAUUGAAGAUAUGAAUAUAUUAUAUAGAAAAUUUAUUUAGAAAUAUAUCAAUUAUUUAGAUACUGAAGUAUAUGUGUAGUACACAUUUUUUUUUAAAUAUGGCGUUUUCUCUUUAGUUUUAUUUAUGCGCCAUGUACCAUAUAUACUGUACUGUAUUCUUGGUUUUAACACUGUAAUCUUUUGAUUAAUUCAUUCAAAUGUCUAUGGUAUGAACUGUAAACUACAUGAUUUGAUGUAUAUAUAGUAAGAAUAAUAAAUUAACUUGUUUGAAA